UUCUGCGAAUUGAUUCAUUGUGAUCUUUAUUAAUCUUUGGCAUUCAUCGAAAAGAAAGAGGAGGUCACGAAUGAGGAAAUUCUCACUGGAUUAUUGUUGAGCAGCAAGUCGAUUCUGUGCUUUUACUGCAAGCACCAGAAACACGAACAGCUGGAAUCGUGAUCAGAAAAACCAAAUUGAGUUAAUUCCCGUGAAAACAAGUGACACAGUUCACGAAAACUACUGUCUGCCGAUUACGUCCCAUAGUAGGGAAACCCAAGCAAAUCAACGGGGUAAAGGCAUCAUGUGAAAUCAUCAUCAUCAGACCUAUUCUCUGACUGGCUGUACGCAUCAAAACAACGGGCUAGAGCAGGAUCGUCCAUAACGUAUCCCGAGGGCAGAAAGUCGGUUUGUGGCGACACUAAUAGUUUGUUCACUUGCUAAAGGACGGUGUAGGGUGUUCGAUCCGUCGGCCCUGGUAUAGGGGCCAUAUCCUUCUUCAAGCCUACCAUUAAAUCAACACGGCCGGCAGAUGGACGACGGAACCAUCCAUCAGCUGAUUGUGAUAAUCGAGCACGCCUCCUUCCGGAGCAAUGGUUUCCUUAAGCCCAACCCCUACGUCGAGUUCUCGAUCGAUGGCAAAACUUCACGCAAGACAGAUAUCAUCAAAAACACCAACACACCGAAAUGGAACGAACGGUUCACGAGUAUCGUGUCGCCCGGAUCAGUAUUGCACUUCCGCGUCCUCGACCAUUCCAGCUUCCGCAAAGAUUCCCUGCUCGGUCAGCAGACGGUUGAGUUGGCCGGCAUUUUGCGGCACUACAAUGGUGUGCUGGAAUUGCUCGAGCUCAACAUGGAUCUGCUGAUUGAUGGGACAGGUUCGUCGAAAACAAGCGAACCCCGGCAGCCGGUGAAGGCGGGCGAAUUAGUCGUCGUGCUUGAUGGGUUAAAGAUCGAUAUGCGUAAUUUGGGUACAGGUGGAACGGGCGCUAUGCGUAGCAGUGAGGGCGCAAGCAGCAACAGCAGUAUGGUCAACGGGAAUGGGCAGCUGACGGUUGGUUCCACGGAUUUGGCGCAGAACGGUGCACACUAUCACACGCUCCGGAGCAGCAUACUAAACGGUGGCAUUAGGGCGCGAAUGCGCUUACGUGGCACCGGCACCAGUACAUCACAGCAGCUGCAACCGGCCCAAACCUCCUCCGGUAGUGGUAUCAUGAAUCAUGCAUUAGUUCCGUCAUCUUCCUCCUCUGCUUCAUCAACGCCCGCAACCGUACAUCAGUCGCAACAUUCGCCCGCUUCCCACGUUAGCCAAAGCAACAACAGCACGAGUAAUAACGCAGCGUCGUCAUCUGAUUGUGUGCCGUCGUUUAACGAGUUCAGUAUAGCGGCUGGAUCGUACGGAAUGGGUAACGGUGUGAUGACGGCCGGAUCGUCUCCGAACGGUGGCAACUCCUCGAUGUCCGCUGGUGGAGCGGCUUCUUCGUCGACGGGUGCUAUUCGAAGAAGUGGCAUUAACUGGGAUCAGCAGAAUGUAUCACCGGUAGCGUCAUCGAUGGGAUCCCAUACCCGUCUGGGGCCCGUUUAUUCGAAUUCCUCGCAAGAAGGACUCAUCAACGGUGUUCCGGCUGGUGGCCAUACGAGUACCGCGUUGCUUCCAGUAGCCGGAGGAAGUCCUGGUGGUGUAAAUGGUGCCGCGGCCGCUAUACCGAUGCCGAUGGGGGGAAGCUUAACUGAUCAGCAAAUCAUUCUGCAACACCAGCAACAGCAGCAGCAAAAUCCAAUUGACGACGAGCCACUGCCGGCAGGUUGGGAGAUGCGUGUGGAUAAAUUCGGUCGGCGGUAUUACGUCGAUCAUAACACUCGCUCGACGUACUGGGAAAAACCGCAGCCCUUACCGGCCGGCUGGGAACAGCGGCGUGAUCCGCGUGGACGUGUGUACUACGUGGAUCAUAACACGCGCACCACCACUUGGCAGCGGCCGAACAGCGAGAGGCUAAUGCACUUCCAGCACUGGCAGGGUCAACGGCAACACAUCAUCUCGCAAGGCAAUCAGCGGUUCCUGUACCCGCAGCACGCCCAACAAUCGAACUCGAUCUCGGUAGCACACGAAGAAGACGAUGGGCUGGGUCCGCUACCGGACGGAUGGGAAAAGCGCGUCCAGCCGGACAAUCGGGUGUACUUUGUGAACCACAAAAACCGCACCACCCAGUGGGAGGAUCCACGGACGCAGGGUCAGGAGGUGAGCAUGCUAGCGGAAGGUCCAUUACCGCCCGGCUGGGAAAUUCGCUACACGGCCAACGGUGAACGGUUCUUCGUGGAUCACAAUAAUCGUAAAACCACGUUCGAAGAUCCACGGCCCGGCGCACCAAAGGGAGCGAAGGGUGUGUACGGUGUGCCGAAAGCGUACGAACGAUCCUUCCGCUGGAAGCUCAGCCAGUUCCGGUACCUGUGCCAGAGCAAUGCGCUCGCAUCGCACAUAAAAAUAACGCUAACGCGCCAAACACUGUUUGAGGAUUCGUAUCACCAGAUUAUGCGAUUGCCUGCGUACGAGUUGAGACGCCGAUUGUACAUUAUCUUCCGCGGCGAAGAAGGUCUCGAUUAUGGCGGUGUGUCACGGGAGUGGUUUUUCCUGCUGUCGCACGAAGUGCUCAACCCGAUGUACUGUCUGUUCGAGUACGCGAACAAGAACAACUACAGUCUGCAAAUUAAUCCGGCCAGCUACGUGAAUCCGGAUCACCUGCAGUACUUCAAAUUUAUUGGACGUUUCAUCGCAAUGGCCCUGUACCACGGACGGUUCAUCUAUUCCGGCUUCACGAUGCCGUUCUACAAGCGCAUGCUGAACAAGAAGCUAACGACCAAAGACAUCGAAACGAUCGAUCCGGAGUUUUACAACUCGCUGAUUUGGGUGCGGGACAACAAUAUCGACGAGUGUGGGUUGGAGCUGUGGUUUAGCGUUGAUUUCGAGGUGCUUGGACAGAUCAUUCACCACGAGCUGAAGGAUAACGGCGACAAGGAGCGCGUGACGGAGGAGAACAAGGAAGAAUACAUCUCGCUCAUGACCGAGUGGCGUAUGACGAGGGGUAUCGAGGAGCAGACAAAAACGUUCCUGGACGGGUUUAACGAAGUGGUACCGUUGGAGUGGCUGAAAUACUUUGACGAGCGUGAACUGGAGCUGAUGCUGUGCGGAAUGCAAGAGAUCGAUGUGGACGAUUGGCAACGCAAUUCAAUUUAUCGGCACUAUAACCGAAACAGCAAACAGGUCGUUUGGUUCUGGCAGUUUGUACGUGAAACUGACAACGAGAAACGUGCCCGUUUGUUGCAAUUCGUAACCGGCACUUGUCGCGUACCGGUCGGUGGUUUCGCGGAGCUGAUGGGUUCAAACGGUCCGCAACGCUUCUGUAUCGAGAAGGUCGGCAAGGACACGUGGUUGCCACGAUCGCACACCUGUUUCAAUCGGUUGGAUCUGCCACCGUACAAGAGCUACGAUCAGCUGGUGGAGAAACUGAACUAUGCGAUCGAAGAGACUGAAGGUUUCGGGCAGGAGUAAAAAUAGGAUAAAGCAUGGAUAAAAUGACCGAAAGGUAUGGGGGUAAGGGGGGUGGGGCGGGAAAACGUAAAUCAAAUGUGAUCAUUUUAUGGGAUAUAGUCGUUCUUAGAAAAUGUGGGAAGUCGGGAACUAUAGGAAUGAUAAAAUGGAAGUAUUUUGUAUAGUACUGUGUGUGCGUGUAUCUAUGAAUGUAUAUGAUAACGAGUUGCAGCAUACUCAAACAGAGAGCUCGUGUAUGUUGGGUUUAAAUAUCAUACGGAUUGUAUGAAAUUAUGGUUUUAGACGUUGCCCUCCGGUGUAUUGUGUACUAAUGGACAAUAGAGCUCAAUUGUGCUUUGUGCUACAACCAGGAAUUGGGCUGUAAAACAACAGUAAUAAUUCAGCUGAAGUAUGUUCGCAUACACCAAUCAUUCCCGUGCGAUCUUCGUCUGUACAAACUGUUAUGUAAAGUACGAAAGCAAUAUUUUCUACCCACAACCAUGGCCUGCAUUACAUAGAAUGAGUUGGUUUUGCUAUGUUUUUACGAAAAGAAAUAAAAAGAAGGAUUUAUUUAUUUGUUUCACCGUUGUGCACACAUGUUAUGCGUCGUGUAUGAUACGAGACGUUUGUGAAAUUUAUUUUUCAUUUCGUUCAAUACAAUUGCGAUGAUGUGUGUAAUUAAAAGUGGAAAACUUUUAGAGAAUAAUAGGAAACAAUGGUAAAAAAAACAACGUUGUUAGAAGCAAAGAUAUACAAAAUUUACUACAAAAAAAAACGACAGCAAUUUGUGGGGCCACAAGGUGUUAAGCUUGUACUAUAAUUUCUGUAGAGUUGUCAUUAAUGAACAUUAUCAGCAUACACUGCAUCUGCUCCUUAUUGCUAACGAUUACCGGCUGUUUUAAUGAAAAAGAUGAAGAUGGAGUGAAUAGAUGUGCUUAGGGGCGAUAAGUAAAUGUAAAACCGAUAAAGAACAUCCUAAAAAGUAUAAAGAUACAAUCGUCAUACAGUAGGGAUCAUAAUAAUUAUUAUUGGUGAACUCCCGUAAACAAAUACGUAUCACAUGCCCCGUACUGAUACGUAGCGGAUUGUACGCAUUGCAGUGAACAUAUAACAUCCAGUAGUACAUAUUGUAUUGUAAAAACGAAUCGGCAAACGGUUAUAGAUUGUUUUAAACAAUGACGAUAAAGAUAAAAUAAAUACAUAUAUAUAUAUUAACACAGUGGUUCUAGUAUAUCGAGGGUACAGUAGGAUAAUAUAAGUACAUUAACAAGUACGAGAUACAAUAGCGAGAACGGGGCGCGUUAUUGCACGUUAUGAAAAGUGUACAGAACAAUAAAUAAGGGAUCCAAUGAAAAGAGAAAAAAUAAAAUCAUACAAACUAGAGGAAUAGAAAAUAUCACUAAACACAGACAAAACAACAGAGCAAAACAAAAAGUAUUGCUUGCACAUGAAAAGGGGAAAAAAUGUUACAAUUGCGGUCUUUUGAGAUGCGCCAACAUGGUUCCAAAUAUUUUUCGUAAAUGGCGCGCAAUUGCUGCACGGUUUUCUUAUGCAAAAAAAAAACAAAAAAUAUUAAUUUUAUUAUAAUGCAAAGAAAAUCCCUGAAAUGUUAUCUCUGCAUUCGCAUCAAACUGUGUUAGUUCAUUGGUGCUAAGAUAUGAUUGACUUUAUAACUCUAUUUUAAAACGCGUAAAUUGCAUCGAUUGUUGCAAAACAUCCUGUCAGUGAAUGAUGGUUUUGUUACAAAAAAGCAAAUUGUACAGCUCCGGUGUAGAAGGAACAGUAAAAUGAAAAAGCUAAUGUGUAAUUCGUAAGAAAUAUGUUUCAGAAACAAAGAAAAACGCUAGUAAUAUGCGCAAAGGCAAGCAAAGGUAUCAUGAAUUGUACUGCAAACAUAACUGUAGCUGUAAAUGAUGAUGCUUGGACCGAGGUAAGCAAAGAGUGGAAAAUAAAGACAUAUUUCAAAUGGA